AGGCAGCCCCGUGUUUGGCUUUUGAACUGAGUUCAAGGCGAUUAAAGUCAUGGGCUCAGGAGGAAAGGGAGGGGGGGCAGUUUAGAAAUACCAGCAUAGUACGUGGCGUGGCUGGAGCGCUCUGCAAAUUAACUCCAUUAGACAAAGCCUGAUUUAAUGGGGGGAAGAGGGUGAGAAGCGCUACCCUCAUUAAGCCUGGCUGUUAGAGGCGCUUCUAAUACAAUUAAAUUUGUUUCAGUUUGGAUCACAUAAAAUAGCCACUGUGUGUGCAUGUACACACGUGCACAGGCGUGGGUUCUGGGAUUUUUAUGGGCGUUUUUUAAAGAGGAGAGGAACGGACCACAAGACAAAAAUAUACAAGAAAAAAAAUAAAAAACCGAAAAUCGAAAACUGAGUGAAUGCUCAAGCACUCUAGUGGAAGACAAGAAGAAGGCGGUUUGGAAGGAGUGGAAAGCGAGAGAAAGUCCUCCUGAUUAUAAAGCCAUGAGCUCCCUUCGCUGGGGGCUUCUGCUCAGCUGCCUGGGCUGUGCCGUCCUGCCCGGAGCCCGGGCACAGUUCCCCCGGGUCUGCACCACAGUGCACAACCUGGUGACCAAGGAGUGCUGUCCACUGCUGGGUGUGGACCCGGCCAAUGUCUGUGGCUCUCGGGAGGGCCGUGGGCAGUGCAAGGAGGCGCAAGCCGACACCAGGCGCUGGAGCGGCCCUUACACCCUGCGAAACCGGGAUGACCGAGAACGGUGGCCACGGAAGUUCUUCAACCGCACCUGCACGUGCACAGGAAACUUUGCUGGCUAUAACUGUGGAGACUGCAAGUUUGGCUGGACCGGCCCCAACUGUGACCAGAAGAAACCGCUGGUCGUGCGACGCAACAUUCACUCUUUAACGCCUCAGGAGAGGGAGCAGUUCUUGGGUGCCCUGGACCUCGCAAAGAACACCACCCACCCCGACUACGUGAUCACCACGCAACACUGGCUGGGCCUGCUCGGGCCCAACGGGACGCAGCCACAGGUCGCCAACUGCAGCAUUUACGACUUCUUUGUAUGGCUCCAUUACUAUUCUGUUAGAGCUACAUUAUUAGGACCAGGGCAUCCCUACAAGGCCGCUGACUUCUCGCACCAAGGACCUGCCUUUGUCACCUGGCACCGGUACCAUUUGUUGUGGUUGGAAAGAGACCUCCAGCGCCUCAUUGGCAACGAGUCCUUUGCUUUGCCCUACUGGAACUUUGCCACUGGGAGGAACGAGUGUGACGUGUGCACAGACCAGCUGCUCGGGGCAGCGAGACAGGACGACCCGACUCUGAUCAGCCAGAACUCGAGAUUCUCCAGCUGGGAAAUUGUCUGCGAUAGCUUGGAUGACUACAACCAGCAGGUCACUCUGUGUAAUGGAAGCCACGAAGGGCUGUUGAGAAGAAACCAAGGGGGAAGAAACGGAGAGAAAUUGCCGUCCUUCAAAGACAUACAAGAUUGCCUGUCUCUCAAGGCGUUUGACAACCCUCCUUUCUUCCAGAACUCUACCUUCAGCUUCAGGAACGCCCUGGAGGGGUUCGACAAGGUGAACGGGACCCUGGACUCGCACGUGAUGGGCCUCCAUAAUUUGGUCCACGCCUUCCUGAACGGGACCAGCUCUCUGCCGCACUCUGCCGCCAACGACCCCAUUUUUGUGGUCCUCCAUGCCUUUACUGAUGCCAUUUUUGAUGAGUGGAUGAAAAGAUUUAAUCCUUCUGCAGAUGCUUGGCCUUGGGAGCUGGCACCCAUCGGUCACAAUCGGAUGUACAACAUGGUUCCUUUCUUCCCUCCCGUGACUAAUGAGGAAUUCUUUUCAACCGCAGACCAACUUGGCUACAGCUAUGCCGUUGACAUGCCAGCAGAAGAAACUCCAAGUGGGACCGCAACUCUCUCGAUGGCUGUGGGAAUGCUGGUGGCCUUGGUGGGCCUCCUAGCGCUGCUGGCUUUCCUUCAGUACAGAAGACUUCGGAAGGGAUAUACGCCCUUAAUGGAGGCGCAGUUCAACAACAAGAGAUACACAGAAGAAGCCUAGGGUGCUUACCCUGGAGGAGAGGCCACCCGAGCUGCAGUUGCGACCCUUUCAACGAACAAGCUAACCCUCACUAUUCUUCCUUUAGCUGAAGAUCUGUGGCUCAGCUCACUCUGUUGGGGCGAUGACCCCAGGCACAGAAGAUGCUUAGCCGUAGUUUCUAGGUGCGUACGUGUAUGUACAACACAUGCAAGCUGCAGUACUCUAGGCUAUCUCUGCCAUCCAACAAAGGUAGAAUAGGAGAUUUGUGGCAUCUCAUAAUAAUUCCCCAUAUGGAUUAAGGCGCCUUGCGUUUUGAGAAUAUAAAUAAAAGUUGACAGUGUGCAUUCAUGGUAAUUUGCAGGUUAGUGUGAUGUGGGACUUGGACAAGAUUAUGGUUCAAUUUUUCUUAGUCCAAAUGUCUCCAUUUGUAAUGGGGUGGGUGUAGGGGGUAGCAGGUGCUGCAAUAGUCUCUGAGCUCCCUUUCAGCUAAAUAUCUGUGCUUUCAGGUGCCUUUCUGACUGUCUUCUUGAGCCUUACUUUUCUUCUUUUCUUCUUCAGCCAUUAAAAUGGCCAUGAGGGUGAAAACAAGCCUUAUUUUGCAAGUAGGAUGGAGAAUGAAUGAAUGAAUGAAUGAAUGCUCAAUUCAUUUCUCUUUUAUAAAUUAGACAUUGAGAAGUUUAUCAAAAGUCUGAAAUUCUUAAUGGGAGACACACCACAAGAAACGAUAGCUGGAUAAGCAUGAUAAGCAUGAAUCCUAUAGUGAUAAAUAAUUAGAUAAAGGAAUAAAUGAUAGAGCUUUCUAGUUAGUUAAUGCACAGCUUCAAGCCUGUGGCCCAGUACGGAAUCCCUCUUUCCUGGAAAGGCUGGCUGGAGGUGGCCAAUGAGGAUACAGCCCUGAACACGAGACAAUUUAAUCAGUGUCCCUUUGCUCUGAGGUCCCAUUUGACUGAUCCUGAACCAGUUCCUUUACUAGGUAGGCUCAAGUGAAACAUUAUUCACAUACAAUGCAUUUGGCUUAUCUUUAAGAGUUGACUUUUGAUUCAUUAAUCCUGCACUGUACCGACAGUUACUUAUGAACGCUGAUCAGUUGUCUUAUUAUUUAACAGCCAACCGUGCAUACAAAACAUAACAAUGCAGAAAUUAGAUGGUUAUGUUCCACUAAGUAAUCGUCAGAUCAGGAGGGAGAAGAAUCUUUACUAAGAGGUUUAAACUUAGCAAUAUGACCCCUACUUCUGAGAAGGUAACAGUUACUGAGCUUUGAAGGCAAAUUGCAUGUGUUCAUGUCUGGCCCCUGUGUGUGUCCAUCGGUGGGGAGGGCAAAGUUCCACCAGGUGGCCUGUCUGUCUGCUCAUCGCAAACCCUCUCUAUGGGAUGCACGUGUGUAAAGAGUGGGUGUGAGGAGGACCCUGGAUCUGCCUUCUACCUACGGGGGCUCGGAGGGUUCAAGAUUCACCAACCCCCACCUCCCGUGUCAUCCCCUGAAAUGAAACAGAGGAAUGGACCAAGUCCAAUCUGAACUGAAUUUGAGUCUCAUAAAGCUCCAGGUGUAUUGGAGAGUAGGCUCAGCAGAUAAGAAUUGAGAUAGCACAGAGUCCUUCGUGGGGUGAAGCCCUGUGUGACAUUCUUAGACACGGCCACAUCUUGAUUCCUGCCUUGAACGGCAUAGGUGAAAAGUCAACCAUGCUUCACUCUGGACAGUUUACACACUCAACUCAGGGUUGUUGCAGAACACACUUCUGCAUCCAGUUGUUAAACCAAACGAGGUAUAUAUUAAAAUGAAGAUAAAGCUGUGCUUGGUAGGUGUGUUCCUGAGAAGUUGUGUAUCAAUCCAUUAUACAUUAAAAGCACCACGGGGAAUUAGUUUUUGUAGAUGAACUAUUAUGAAUAAUUCUAUAAGGCAAAUAACCACCUCUAGUUUAUCUUUCAGGUAUAUCAGAAUUUUCAUACAUCAUAUUCUCAUAACAUUCAUUUAAAGCAAGAUCUAUCUGAGGUAGAAGUAAAGAACAGUCAUUUAUACUUUGCUACUUUUAUCUAUAGUGCUUGAAACUUAUUGUAAACACUGUAUUUUAUAAUGUCUCUCUGAAAGAAGUAAUUCCUAAAUUUUAUAGUUCAUAAAAGAGGAAUAAAAUGUUCUAAUAUUACCAUAAAUCAGUGAUGAAUGCCUUUUAACAAAUUCAAAGGUAGAACAAACCUGCAGAAUAAAAAAGUUGGUAUUUACCUACAUUGAAUAUUAUGUGAAUAAACUCAGAAAAUAUCACUGAG